ACAUGCUAUUUGCUAAGCACGAGCUGCGUGUCGAACACACGGUUGCGUCGAGGUUUUCAAGGCCCACUGCGCAUAAAAUGUCCGACGAAAAGUCGCAACCAGAAUUAUGAGGUUCGCUUUCAACAGGAGCUUUUGGUAUGUUUCCUUAAGGACAUGCAUUGCUUUCGUCAUAUAUCCAAAUUUCCCCCAUUUGAUUCUUCAUUCCAGACUCCUCUCUGUUGCUUAAAUGUUUAAGUAUCAUCAUUUUGUUUAAACAAACACACUCAAGUAAUACUACAGAGUAAAGUAAAAAGCCAUUAGAAUUCUGAGUUUGAUUACUGUGAAAUGAAAUUACUUGAAACGGUGUUGGGGAUAUAGCAUGCAGCCAUAUGAUUGGGGUGAUUUGGGUUUGUUACAUUCCCACUGCUUUUUUUGUAAUUUGAUGCCAAAGGAAUGUCUGAAAAAAGGACCAAAAGAAUGUCCAAAAUGAAGAAAUCAUAUCCCCAAAGAAAAUUGAGGACAACUUUUUCAGUUUUUUCACCCAUCUGUUUUCACCCAAUCAUAGAUACAUUUGAAUAAAUAGCAAGCCAGAAAUUCUGCCCCUCAAAACUUUCCAUUUCCCAAUCAAACACAAUGGAGACUAAACUGUCCCUACUGAGUUGCGAAAAGCAGCACAAAAGGCCAAACGAAUGAAACAGAAUCUCACAUAUACUAUUUAUUAUCUUCUACUGUAUCAUUCUCUCUCUAAGUGGCAUAAGCCAUAAAGUAGGUUUGAUUUGAACUGAACUGGGUUCUCUUUUUAAGGGUCUUUAUCCACGUCCCUUUAAGACAAAGCAUUAUCAUAAAUCAUUAUUCAUCAACAUGAGGGUUUCUAGGAAGAGAGUAUCCAGUAGUUUCCAUGACAUCAACUUCAAAUCCCCCAUGGUUAGGCCUUAUGUUCGCUCCAAAAUGCCCAGAUUAAGAUGGACUCCUGAUCUCCAUCGCUGCUUUGUUCAUGCAGUUGAACGCUUAGGUGGAGAAGAGAGGGCUACUCCAAAGAUGGUAUUGCAGAUAAUGAAUGUGAAUGGUCUCACUAUAUCUCACGUGAAAAGCCAUCUACAGGUUUGCCAUGGACAGAUGUACAGGAGCUCAAAACAGGAGCAAGUAGCGCCUCAAGCAAAAAACCUUAAAAAUGACGAGGCUCCGGGAUAUCAACUUCCAGACCAUCUCCAUGGAAGUUGCUUUAUUGAUCAAAAACUCGCUUGGAAAGAGAAGCGAGAGAUGACGAAGGAACAAAGAAAGUGCAAAGAGAAGAAACCAAAUUCUUACCUCAUUUUCAAGGACAUAAACAAACGGUGCACUGUUCAAGAGGAAGAUUGCUUUGGGAGUAGUUUGAAGAAGAUGCAUCAAGAUUUGAGAAAGUUGGAUGAUAAUAAGAGUGUAGAGAGAGGUGGUGGUGAUGAUGAAACAAUGUCACUGUGUUUGAGCUUAAAGAGUUUGCAGCCAUUGAUACAGAGUAAACCUGGGAAUUCUGAUGUCAAUGACGUGUCACUUGAGCUUAGUCUUGCUUGAACACUCUGCCACUGCUGCAAUUCAAAAUAAUGAAAUCAAACUCAAUAUUAAACAUAUAUGAUAUAACUCAUUAAUAAUGACGUCUUCCUAUCUCAUCACUUGCUUAUUUCAUGAAAAUCAUUCUAGAAUUCCAGUUUCUGAAGACUUAAGAGUUCCUUAGUUUCGCUCAAAUUUAUUUAUACUACUACUAUAUACGAACAAUAAAAAGUAAGAAAUAAGAAUCA